AAAAUGUCAGGAGAAGAAGAAUUAAACUUUGUUGGUGACCCGGCAUCUGCAUCAUCACGUCGCUGGGCCGCAUACCAUGUGUGUGGCUGGUGCGUAACUGGAUGGAAAAGGAUAUAGUUUUAGCUACGUUGUUUUCAGAAGUUGCAGUUAAAGUAACAAAAUGCCAAGGAAAACGAAAGAAGAAGCAGAGUGGAUGGACGAUGAAGUCGCCCCGGCAGCUGAAAAAAAUGUGAAAAAGGGGAAGAAAGAUAAAAAGGGGAAAAAGAGUUUCUUUGAGGAACUCGCCACAGAUAGCAAACCUGAAAAGGUACAUGAGGUGGCUGUGAAAGAAACGCAAGGAAAACAGCCUCUGAAAAAGAAGAAAGACAGACGGAAAGGAAAAGGUGGAGAAUUAGAUGAGGAUGAUGACGACGAUGUCAUGGUAAAGCUGAAAAAGCUCUCGGUGCAAGAAAGUGACGAGGAAGAUGAGCCAGUCAUUGCCCCCAGUAAAGGAAACAAGAAGAAUAAGGGUGGAAACAUCUUUGCUGCUCUCAGCCAGGGCCAGAGUGAUGAGGAUGAGGAUGCUUAUGUGGUCAAAGAAAAAGAAGAUAAACCAGCAAAAAAGGCUGCAUCUGAUGAGGAUGAGGUAGAGGAGGAAGACAGAGAAGAGAAAACUACGAAGACAGCAGAAGCCAAAUCCAAGUCACCAGAAAAUGAUGAGGAUGAAAAGCCAAAGAAGGGGAAGAAAGGGCAAAACAAGAAAGGAAAAUCCGCUGAGCGAUCACGCAGUGAGGAUGAAGAUGAAGAUGAGGAAGAGGAUAGUGACGGAGGUGACAGGAUGAUGAGUGCUGAGGAUGUCAUCGCAGAACAGGCUAAGCAGCAGGAAGACUUCCCAUAUGCUAACCUAAGUAAAAAGGAGAAGAAGAAGAAAAAGAAACAGAUGGAGUAUGAGCGCCAGGUGGCCAGUGUUCGUGCUCAGAGUGCCUUGGAGGGAGAUUUCUCCAUUUCCCAGGCUGAGAUGUCAUCCAGACAGGCCAUGCUGGAGAACGCCUCUGAUAUUAAGUUGGAGAGGUUCAGCAUAUCUGCUCAUGGCAAGGAGCUUUUCGUCAAUGCUGACCUUCUGAUUGUAGCAGGAAGAAGAUAUGGUUUAGUUGGACCAAAUGGCAAAGGAAAGACCACAUUACUGAAACACAUAGCCAACAGGGCUCUCAGUAUUCCCCCCAACAUUGAUGUGCUACUGUGUGAACAGGAGGUGGUAGCUGAUGACACGCCAGCAGUGCAGGCGGUGCUGAAAGCAGACACUCGCCGUCUGAAGCUUCUGGAGGAGGAGAAACAGCUCCAGUGUCGUCUGGAGAAGGGAGAGGACAAUGUGGCUGAGAGGCUGGAGAAGGUCUAUGAAGAGCUGAGGGCAAUUGGAGCUGCAGCAGCUGAGGCCAAAGCCAGAAGGAUUCUGGCUGGUCUGUCAUUUACCCCUGAGAUGCAGAACAGACCUACCAAGAGGUUCUCUGGUGGGUGGAGAAUGAGAGUCUCCCUCGCCAGAGCUCUGUUCAUGGAACCCACACUACUGAUGCUGGAUGAACCCACAAACCACCUGGAUCUGAACGCUGUCAUCUGGCUCAACAACUACCUUCAAGGUUGGAAGAAGACUCUCCUCAUAGUUUCCCACGACCAGAGUUUCCUUGAUGAUGUGUGUACGGAUAUCAUCCACUUAGACAACCAGAAACUCUACUAUUACAGAGGGAACUACUUGACCUUCAAGAAGAUGUAUGUGCAGAAGCAGAAAGAACUGCAGAAACAGUACGAGAAGCAGGAGAAGAAACUCAAAGUGUUGAAGGCUGGUGGCAAGUCUACCAAACAGGCUGAGAAGCAGACCAAGGAGGCCCUGACCAGAAAGCAACAAAAAGGCAAGAAGAAAGGAGGUCAGGAGGAGGAGAGCCAAGAGGCCACAGAGCUGCUGAAGAGGCCUAAGGAAUACACUGUCAAGUUCACCUUCCCCAACCCACCUCCUCUCUCACCACCCAUACUGGGACUACACAGUGUUGACUUUGGCUAUGAGGGUCAGAAGCCUCUCUUCAAAAAUGUGGACUUUGGAAUUGACAUGGCCUCCAGGAUUUGUAUAGUUGGACCCAAUGGUGUCGGGAAGAGUACCCUGCUGCUGCUGCUCACUGGCAAAUUAAAUCCUACUAAAGGUGAGAUGAGGAAGAAUCAUCGUCUGAAAGUGGGCUUCUUCAACCAGCAGUAUGCUGAUCAGUUGAACAUGGAAGAGACUGCUACAGAGUACUUGAUGAGGAACUUCAACCUUCCCUAUCAGGACAGCAGGAAGUGCCUGGGACGUUUUGGCCUGGAGAGCCACGCCCACACUAUUCAGAUCUCCAAACUCUCUGGUGGUCAGAAGGCCAGAGUAGUGUUCGCUGAACUAUCAUGUCGUCAGCCUGAUGUACUGAUCUUGGAUGAACCCACCAACAAUUUGGAUAUUGAGUCAAUCGAUGCCUUAUCAGAGGCUAUUAAUGAAUACAAAGGAGCUGUGAUCAUUGUGAGUCACGAUGCCCGGCUCAUCACAGAGACUCAAUGUCAGCUGUGGGUGGUGGAGGACUGCACGGCCAACCAGAUUGAUGGAGACUUUGACGAUUACAAGCGGGAGGUGUUGGAAGCCCUGGGAGAGACCAUGGUCAACAAGGUCAACGCAUGAUCACACAGAGGACAUACUGCUGUGCUACACUGUGUCCAUCAUACGCUACCUAAACGCCAUCUGGACCCUUGAAAUGUCUCACAAAGUAACACUGAUAAUAAAAAAUAUUGGAUCUGUUGGGGGAUAUCUUGUCCCUACUGGAGUAUUAAAUGGAACAAUGUCUUGAAUAAUGAUUUGUGGUCAAGAUCUACUAGAGCUAAACAAAAUAAAUCCAGUUUUCAUCA